CGGCGCGCUCCCGUGUAGUAAUUCAUUGUAUCAGAUUGAGACGAGAGGAAGCAGCGAGCGACUCGACUGGUCGGCAAAGCAACUCUGCUCCGGGAAACACUGAAAAUCCGACUGCUAGCCACAUAAACUGCAGGGAUGGCAGCCAUCCGUAAGAAGCUGGUGAUAGUGGGGGAUGGAGCUUGUGGAAAGACCUGCCUUCUGAUUGUCUUCAGCAAAGACCAGUUCCCCGAGGUCUACGUCCCCACUGUGUUUGAGAACUACGUCGCCGACAUAGAAGUUGAUGGCAAACAGGUGGAGUUGGCUCUCUGGGAUACUGCUGGUCAGGAGGACUAUGACAGGCUGAGACCUCUUUCCUAUCCAGACACUGACGUCAUCCUCAUGUGUUUCUCCAUAGACAGCCCUGACAGCUUGGAAAACAUUCCAGAGAAGUGGACCCCAGAGGUCAAACACUUCUGUCCCAAUGUUCCCAUCAUCCUCGUAGGAAACAAGAAAGACCUGCGCAACGAUGAGCACACACGCAGAGAGCUGGCCAAGAUGAAGCAGGAGCCGGUGAAGUCAGAGGAGGGCCGGGACAUGGCCGGCCGAAUCGCAGCUUUCGGUUACAUGGAGUGCUCCGCUAAGACCAAGGACGGCGUGCGGGAGGUGUUCGAGAUGGCCACCAGGGCGGCACUGCAGGCCCGCCGCGGAAAGAAGAGCAAUAAAUGUGUAGUGCUGUAAACUGGCUGACAUAUUUGGACUGUUUUCACCCUGGGCUACUGUACCCAAGGGGCUAGGGCUCGGGAGGGAUUACCAGAUGGGAGAGGGAGGGAGGGGAAGAAAAGAGUGCAGUAAAUGACUACCGCUGUAAAAUGGCUGUUUGUUGGACUGAAUUUACCCUGGGACUUGGGUUUGGGAAGCUUUGAUGAAGAGGGACGGGUGGGUGGGAGGAUGACUACCGCUGUAAACCAUUGGGCUCUUUACCUGUGGGUCUACCAUCAAGAUGGGAAAUUUACACCAGCCAGACGCUGGUACAUUUUGUCUUUUCAACAAGCCACUUACACUGAUGAUGAUCAUUAGGGGAUCCUGGUCCUUUCUAAAAAAUCUUGUAAAACUGAUUAAGUUGCUGGUGAAUUAUGGGAUGUUCAGUGUGGACAACAAAAAAGGUUUAGUUUCCUGCCUGGAUGACUUGACAGAUUGAUGGGGGCAAACAAACAGCACAGUAAAAGAGUACCACUGUAAACGGCCGCCAGUGGACUAUUUAUCCCCAGGUGUUUAUACCUGGAAGUUGGGCUAGGGUGGUGUGGAGUGGGACAGGUAAAGGGACGGGAAGAUUGAAGCGUGGGUGUGACCAUGAUGAGACUGUAUACACCGAAACCAGGGCAAAACUUGCAGUUUUUAUAGUUUUGCACAUUCAGCCUCCUCACUUUAGUUGCUGCUAUUUGACAAGCUCCAAAGUAGACAAAUCACCAGUAAACUGUAUUAAUGCUGUGCUCUCAAAAUGGUGCUUUUAACAGGUAUAAGGUUGAUUAGAUAUUUCUGUUGUAAAAUAGGGCAUUUUAAGAGAAGAUAGUCCUGAUUGGGCUGUUGUAUCCAAGUAAACAAGUGGUCACGUGCUAUCAGGUCUUAUGUGUCGCAUUAUCUCAGCAGCGUGGAGCUACAUGUCCACAUGUCCAACUCAUUUAGUCUCUCACUGGGGCUAAUCCUGUGCUCACAGUGACAAACACAUUGAUCCAUACUCUAACUGAGAUGAUCUGUUACAGCCACCUAAUAGUGAAUGCUCUAUUAUCUGCAGAUAAACUGCAGCUAAUACAGCUCAAAGUCAGAAAAUUGACGGAUCUGGUUUUAGUAGAAGUAAUUCUACUUCCUGUGCAUCAUCUGAAAUGUAAUUCAAAGGGGCUCUUGUAGCCACCUGUAUUCCAAUCGCUGCUUUCAACAUUAGACAUCUUACCAUUUCAGUGUUGAGCACAGCGUGAAGUCCAUAGGAGCAGCAUUCUGACUCACGCUGAGUCUUUACUGAGGUCGGUUUGUCUACUUUAGGAGGUGAUCAGCUGAAGGUUCAUAAACAUUAAUUGUGUUUUGACUGAAUCAGUGGAAGUGGUGGGUGAAUUGUGGUCCCACUGGAUGACAAAGGUAGCUUCCUGCCCUGCAUAGUACAACACGGCUCAGCUCCCAUCCCUUCCUGUUCUACAUAGCUGACGGCUGGUGCUCAUCUUCCCCUGGUUUUAGACCAGGACAAAGAACAAGGAGAGGAGAGUAUUGUGUUUACAUGCACACCACUGAUCUCCUUAUUUGGGAUGAACGACUAUUGAUUUUUUGUUGUGUGUAGGCAUGUAUAAAGGUCAAAUGUACAAUAGCCAGAGCUAGUUUGAGGGGGGAAAAAAAGGUGCCUGGGAAUUACCAUGUUAUCCACCAUAUACAUGUCUGCCUUUUACUGGUUUAACUGUUGGUACCUGCCAUCUGCUCGAACAGUUCAAAAGACAAACAUGUGACACAUGAUGACCUUUUUAAUCCAGAAUACUGUGCACAGAAUUGUCAGGUUGGGCAGCUGGAUAGGUGCUGUUAAUCUACAAGACUAACUGGCAGAGUGAGAAUUAACCACUUGCUGUAUGUUGGUAAUGUUAAAAACCUUAUGCGUGGCCAGUUAUAUUUGGGAUUGAUCAGCCAACAGCCCUCCCUGACUCUUCUGCGUGUUUUACUGUCAGAUUCAGGCUCUCUUGACAGUCUUGAAACCCUCCUGUUCUUCUUCCUGGCCUACAGGGAGGAGCCUAUUCCAGAAACUUGGUCUUGUGUUGUUGUUUUUAUACUUUAUUUCCUGCUUUAAAAAAAAGUCAUAAAUUGUCUAUCAGUAUUUAAAAAUAGGAGGUGUAAGACUAUGGGACUGCUUAUGUGUUGUCGCUUUAGUUUAUUCUUCUUUCAUGCUUUACCCGAUUUUUUUUUUCUGAUGAUUUACAAUUGGUUGUAAGGACCCGUCAAUCAUCCCUGCCAAAUGCUGUUGUUAGGCAGUCAGGAGAAAGGCUGGCCUCUCGGCUGCCUGUCUAGAGCAUCACCGGCUCUUUUUCUGUUCUUUGUUUUUGAACACAAACUUGACUGAAAAGACAAAAAGGAAAACCAAUGCAAGUCUCCUUAUUAUGUACAAAUCAUUUUUAUUUCUACUUUUAUUGUAUUUUUAAAUCCUAAUAUUGGAUGCUGAAGCAGUGACGUAAAACAAAGGAACAGGAAAACCAAGCUGUAUGCAAAGUCUGUAAAUAUAAAAUGUGGGUUUGUUCAUACUAGACUAUACACACGCACAGGACUGGAAACUGUAUUUGUAAACUAGCUUUGGUUUGUGUAAUAAAUUACUUUCUAUAACA